GCUCACGUCAUAAUGGCACAGACAGCUGUGGCGAACCAAUCGACCCUGUUACCACUCGAGCUGGUGGAUAAAUGUAUCGGCUCACGGAUACACAUUAUCAUGAAGAACGAUAAGGAGAUCGUAGGCACGCUGCUUGGCUUUGACGAUUUCGUCAACAUGUUGCUCGAGGACGUGACGGAGUAUGAAAAUACACCGGAAGGUCGGCGAAUAACGAAGCUGGAUCAAAUCUUGCUGAAUGGGAACAACAUUACAAUGCUCGUACCCGGUUCCAGCGGUGACCUUCCCGAGGCGUCCUAAACCAAACGACU